AUGUAUGAAGAGUUUCAGCAGGAUUCCCCAAUGUUUAGAUCAAGCAUGUCUCAAACUGAAGAGGCGCUUCAACAAAUAAAUACAAUUUUUAAUGACUGAAUCAGCUUAUCAAUGAUAGCUCACAAUAGAGGCCAAAGCUAUAUAGACUCCAUGACUGAUCUACUAAAAUCCUUAUGUGAACAUCCUUCCAUUAAUGCCUUAGGAUCCUACAAAACCAGCUUUUCCGAAAUAAAAGAAAUGCUUUCCACUCUCCUCGCAUGCCAUGAAGGUUUUAUUUUUUCCUUACAAAGCGUUUUUGCCAGUUCCUUACAAAAUUUCAUUGACACCAAAAUCCAGCCAUUAUCCCAAUUGAAGAAAAAUUAUGAAAAAAUCCUCAAAGAAAUCGAGCUAAUUAAAUCCCAAACCGUCGCUUUAAAGAAAUCAUAUACACAAAAAAACCCAAGUCAGACUGAAUCUCAUUUCAUCAAGCUCCAUUUGUGUGAAAAAAGCUGAGAAAUAAUGAGAUAUGACUAUUCUUAUUUAUUAUCAUCUACAAAUUCAGCUGCACAAACACUAGCAUUGGACCAGUUUUUAUCACUUGUGUUUACACAAUGGGUAAGAAAUAUAUAGAGCUUUACGAAUACUGCAAUUGAAAAUUUAAAAUCAAAGGAAAAUGUAAUAAGCAAAUUAUCAGAUACAAUUCAGAAAGCGAAACAAGCUUUAGUUACAAGAGAAGAAUGGAUGAAAAAGGAAAAAGAAGGCAUUGAAAUGCAUUUAAAUUUAUAUAAAAAACUACCUCAAUUUAAAGAAAAUAAAGAAGGAUAUUUGUGGAAACAAGCUGAUUUUUUUAAAGACUGGAAAAGGAGGUAUUUUAAAAUAAAUGAGUCAGAAUUAGUAUAUUAUAGAGGGCAGCAGGAAAUACUUUAUACAACACUUGUGCUAUCAAAAAUUACGGAGCUGAUAGAUUAUGAGCAUCUUUUUGCUUUUGAAAUUUACUCUGCCACCACACAAAAAAGCUUUAUUUUGCUUGCAGAAAGCGACGCUGAAGUAAAAGAAUGGGUUUAUGCAUUAAAACUUGCAAGCGAACAAGGUUUACUCGGAUAUGAGCCUACCGCUAAUAUUUUCUGUGCUGAUUGUCUAGCUAAAGCUGGAGAAUGAUAUAGUCUAAAUUUAGGUGUCCAUUUAUGUACAACUUGCAGUGGAAUUCACAGAUCACUUGGGUGCCACAUAUCAAAAGUUAAAAGUUUGCAUUUGGAUAAUAUAAAUCCAAUAACAAAUGAGCUAAUCUCAGAGCUCCAUAACCAUCAUGACGAAAUCUGAGGCCAAGGAUUCCGGCCUCCUCAGUUCUCGAACAUAGAAGACAGGGAUGCCUAUAUUCGAAGUAAAUAUCAACUAAAAAGCUAUAUGAUCAAAUGCAAAAACCCUAACGAAGUUCUAUCACAAGCUAUAGAAGCAAAAAACGUGGUAACUGCGUUUAAAGCAAUUUUGUCAGGAGCAGAGCUGACUUCUAGCAGGAGAUCAGAAAAUAAUGCAGAUAUAAAAAUUUCAGAAAACAGCUUUAAUUUUUUGCAUCAGGCAGCUAGAGUCGGAGAUUUAAAAAUGAUAGAGCUACUAAUAUUGAAUGGCUGUGACCCUGAAGGAAGAAACAUAGAAGGCUUCACUCCACUAGAAGUUGCCUUGAUAUCUCAACAAAAUGACGCUGUGAACUAUAUUUUGAAAGCCUUAGAAAUAACCCCAGCUUAA